ACAAAUCUAAUCUCUCCCCAAAUAAUUAUGGCAAACCAUUCAAAAUUAACAUUUAUUUUGCAUUAACAUCUAAAUUACGCAACUAAGGACCGUGGAAAUAAACCCUAUCCCCACCAACCGCCCGCCACUGCCCGUCGAUCGUGUGUGUGUACACACUGGCCCAAAGAUGCAGCGACUUACGAAAUCGUUACGUUUACUACCAGCCGGCACGGGUAAGAGCCCGCUGCAGGCGCUGCUCCUGCUGAAUGGCUUCUUCCCCACUCCCUCCUCCUCGUACUCCACGUCGGAGCCGGUGGAGAUGAGCUUCGAGGUGUACCAGGGCGAGGGACAGCCCACGCAGCCGCCGCUGAUAACAUUACACGGCCUCUUCGGCUCCAAGCAGAACUGGCGCGGCAUCAGCCGAGCCUUGGUCCGUAAGGUGCCCAGAAAGAUAUAUACCGUGGAUGCCAGGAAUCAUGGCGAGAGUCCGCAUUCGAUUGUUCACACAUCGCGGGUCAUGAGCGAGGAUAUCCGUCUAUUUCUGGAGCAGCACCAAGCACCAAAGGCAGCCUGCCUGGGUCACAGCAUGGGCGGUCGUGCCAUGAUGUACUUUGCCCGGAAAUAUCCCGAACUGGUAGAGCGUCUAAUUGUGGUGGACAUCUCCCCCAUAUCAGUGCCACGCGGCACCGAGGAGAUGAAGCAUAUUUUUGAUGCCAUGGUUAAUUUGAAUCUCUCGCCCAGCCUAUCCAUGUCCGAGGGUAGGAAGAUAGCCCGGGAGAAGCUACUGGAAGCCACCGAGGACGAGACGGUGGACUUUAUUAUGCUGAAUCUGCGCAAGGAUCCAGAGACUGGAGCCUUUUCCUGGGCCUGCAAUGCUUCGGUGCUGCGUGACUUUCUUACUCGCUUCGAGGAUUAUAGGACUAACAUCGACCAACUACCACCGUACCCAGGACCCACCACCUUCAUCUGUGGCUCCCAUUCAUCUUACAUGAGACGAGAGCACUGGCCAGAGAUUUUGGAAAUGUUCCCUGAGGCUGAUAUCCACUGGCUGGACGCCGGCCACCUGGUACACUUUGAGCAGCCACAGGAGUUUAUUUCCAUAGUCACCGAGUUCCUCAAAUAGAAGAAAUAGAUUUGACAAUUAAACUUGUUUAAAAAUUGUACAAAAAAGAGGCAAUAAGAAUGAGCUUUAAGCUAAA